CAUCCAUAGCUAUGACUCCGUGGUUGGAACUGCCUUAUGAUAUACGGAACGUGUUGCCUGAGGAAGACAAGGCUAUCAAGAAAUGUCUAAUAGGUUACACAAAAACUUUUGUAAAAUGUGGCAAGAAGGGUUACGUGAUGCCAGGUGCGUUCAGAAAGCAUGCGGAGGCGAUAUACAACUUGCAGGUCCGACCAGAUGACAUCUGGGUUAUCACCUUCCCAAGAUCAGGUACAACUUGGACCCAAGAAAUGGUGUGGCUGAUAGAAAAUGAUCUAGACUUUAAGGCAGCUAAGAAGCAACCUAUCUUUGAGCGGUUUCCAAUGUUAGAAACUACAUCACAAAUACCAGAAAAAGCGUUCGAACUGAUAAAAGCUAACUUCAUGAACCUAGGCUAUUUUCAAGGAUUGAACAGCGCAGUAAAAGUUCCAAGCUGGAAGACAAUAGACGAGGCUCCAUCGCCCCGAUUCAUAAAGACUCAUUUACCCCUUUCUCUUCUACCUCCAAGUCUCCUUAGUACUGCCAAAGUGAUAUAUGUAGCAAGAGAUCCAAGAGAUGUAGCAGUUUCCUAUUAUUACCUGCAUAAAAUGGUGAUCAAGACUUUAAUGAGAUCAACGUUCACGCAUUUUUGGGAUGCUUUCAGAAGAGAUUUGCUACCCUGGACCCCGAUAAUAGAGCACACGAAUGAAGCUUGGGAGUUAAGACAUAAAAAGAAUAUGCAUUUCCUUUUCUACGAGGAUAUGCUUAAGGAUCUACCAAAAGUAAUACGAGGAGUAUGCAAAUUUUUGGAUAGAGAGUACUCAGACGAUCAAGUCACACAGUUGGCGGAUCAUCUCAGCUUUAAAAGCUUUAAGAAGAAUAAGACUGUCAACAACAAUACCAAUGAGAAUGGAGACAUUGAGUUCAUUAGAAAAGGUGAAGCAGGCGGAUGGCGGACACACUUCGAUGCAAAAAUGGAGGUCCAGGCAGAAGAAUUCCUUUCAACAAAACUCAAAGGUCUAACCUUGAAGUAUCCUUCUUUAUGCAAUACAGAUGGCGAGUGCACAUAUUUAUAAACACCCUGAGAUAUCUAGUUUCAUUCUUUAUAAGACUGAUCUCAACCUGUGGGUUAAACACUCCCAGUAAACCAAAGAAUUUGGUAAUCGUUUUUAGACUAGCGGUACUUUCACCAUGGCGUUGGACAACUUCUUAAUACGCUUAGCGACAAUUUUCAGUGACGUACAUAUCCCUCUCAAACUAAGCAUAAUAUUACGUUUCCAUACAGUGAAGAUAUGCAGAAAUAGACCAAUGAAAUUAUUAGUACAUGAGCGUGAUAAUUCUAUCAGGGUCUGAGCUAGUUAGAUCGUUAAAGCUUUGGAAUGGCUUUCAUGAUCUCGAAAUUCAUUUAGCGUUUGGCGCCGAAUGGAGAGAAUAAGUUUGACUGAGAAAAUUGGAAAUAAAGAAGUACUAACUAGAGUCGAUGAAAAGAGAAAUAAAAUUAGAACUAUGGAAAUCAGGAGAGGGAAAAUG